AAUUGAAUUCAAUAUGGCCGAAUAGUUAGCUUGCUUUUCUAUUAUCAACGCUUAAAUAAGGUUGUAAAUAGAAGCAAUUGAAUAUUAUUACGGAACCAGUUAGUAAGAUCUUUUGAGUUCAACCAUUUAAUUGUUUUGACUAUCAUUAUAAAAGUUGUAAAGUUUUAGAUAGCCUAAAUAUAACAAUGCGUCGUAAAAGUGAUCGUACCGCUAGUAAGAAGACAAAACCUUCGCCGGAAAAAAAAGAAAAAGUGGAAAAAGUAAAACGACCUAGAACACGGCGUAGAAAGCAAUCGACAACAUCUGAAAGUGAAUCUGCUGAAGAGCCCGCUCAAACAGUUCAAAAAGUAGAGGUUGUGGAGUCGCAAAAUGAACUCCCUCCAAAAUCUGUAAAAGAGGAUAGUCCUGAAGAAUCCCAAGAGCAGGUUUGGCAUGUUAAGGCUACCGAAACUUCGGGUGAUGUUGGUGAAAUAAAAAAGUUGAAAAUAUGUCUUGCUCGUCCGCCUUCCACUCCAGAAAGAGUGGAUAGGUCACCGAGAAGUAAAAGGAAGCACUCUCGCGCUACGAGUUCAAGUGAUAUUCCAAGCGUUGAGAGUGAAGAUAAAAAAAAGCCGAAACAUCGUUCCAGACGUGGCGCAGCCGAAGUAAAAGAUAUAAUUUCGGACAAAAACCAAGAUAGUCAAGGUGAUGAAGCAGAAGUAGAAGCGCCAGUUGAAGUUCCAACAGUAUCAGAGUCUUCAGCAGUUUGUAAGGAGUCAAAAAGUGUCGACAUUACUGUUGAUGAAACUCCUAUGUCAACAACCUGCGAGGAUGACAAAGUUGAGACAACAAUUUCAGAAACUGUUACUCAAACUGAAUCGAAAGAUAUUGAGACAUCAAAAUUAGAUGUACCAGCGAAGUCCUCUGAUGCUGAUACAACAGUACUGUCACCUAAACCACAGGCUGAUAAUGACAAUGUAGAAAAAGAUACAUCUGAAAUUGAUGAAAAGUGGUUACCCGAAAAAGGGAAAAGGAGUUCUAUAGAUGAGGAGGUAAAAGAAAGGAGUUCUAUAGAUGAGGAGGUAAAAGAAACACCUUCAAAAAAUGAGAUUUCUGAAAAAGGAGAAGUAUGUGAGAGUGAAGAGAAUAUUACACAUGAGACGGAAAAGGCAAUGGAUAGUAACGAAACUACUGUAUCAUCUGGAGAAGGUGAAGUUGAAACGGAAAAGGUAAAGGAAGCUGAAGAAAAUUCCAAAGAAGAUAAAUCUGCUUCUGAAGAGAAAAUAUCAAAAGAUGAACAAAAACCAAAUGAUUUGAAGGAAGAGGUAAAAACCUUAUCUCCAAAAAAGAAUGAUAGUCCUAUAAGAAAACGCAGUUUGUCUACAGAGAAAUCUGAAAUUUUGGAAUUACAUGCGGAGGAAAGUCGGUGUGAUUCUACAGAAAUGUGUUUGAAUGAAGCUCAAGAAAAUAUGUCGCAAGACAAUCAGCUUAAAGAGGUUAAUGAUGUGGUAUCGAGUGAGGUAAGUAUUAAUGAAACUUCAACUGAAAUUUCAGAGAACACCACUUCUAUCAAGGAUGCUGUAAGUACUAAUGAACAUAAUGUUGUAGAGAGCUCUAAAAAAGUAGAAACUAUAAAGCAAUCAGCUGAUACUGCAGUUGAUAAUUCUCAUGAAAAAGCUGAUAUGGAUGCUGAAGUUGUUACAAAUUGCCCUGCGGUAGCCCUAACUAGUGAACCAUCAAACAUGAUCAGCCAUGAUAUUCAUAAUGGACAAGCUACACCAGCAGUAACAAGCCGUAAAAGACGAUGGGGAUCUCGUCCAAAUAGAUUAUCUACUCAGAAGUCAAUUACCAUUUCUACUGAUAUUCUUAAAGAAAUAAUACCAGAUGUGAAGCCAACAGAGUUUGAGGAAGUCAUUGAAGAAACAAAACAUAAAAGAGUGGAAGUUUCAGAGAAGGUAGAAAGACCAGUAUUGCCAAAAAUUGUUAUCGAUAAUACAGAAAUUGUUGAAAAUGUUAAAAAGGAUCAUAGGUUAGAUGAAAGAGACAAAGAAAAUGUUAAAUCGAGAGACACCAACCUGGCGACAUCAAGAAAAAUAUCCAUAGUCAAAGAAAAUGACAGUAUAAUAGCAAGGCCACCAAGCCCACCAAGGCAUAAGCAGUCAAAUAUUCUAUAUAUAACUAAUCUAGUGAGACCCUUCACAAUUCUCCAGCUAAAAAAUUUGUUACAAAGGACAGGAAGAAUAAUGGAGAAUGGUUUUUGGAUGGACAAAAUAAAAUCCAAAUGUUUUGUGAAAUAUGAAAAUGAAGACCAAGCCAUAGAAACAAGGCAUGCCCUGCAUGGUGUAACAUGGCCUGUGUCAAAUCCAAAAACAUUACAUGUGGACUUCUCAACAGAAGAAGACUUUAAUAAGGCUCAAGAGAAUGUUGGAACAGAAAAUACACAAACUUCAACCAUUCCUGGCACUGUGGAAGAUUGGCUGCGGGAGCAAGAUAUGAAGAGAGAGAAGGGAGAUGGGCAAAAACCAUGGGAAAGGAAAGCGGCGAUGCGAGAAUGGGAUAUGGGCAAGAAUGACAAAGACAAGGAAGUUUCAAGACCAGAGAAGAUGGUCCGAGAGGAGAGACCUCUCGAAAAAAGAAGACAUCGGACACCAGAGAGGAGUCCUGAACCAGCAAGGAAGUUUAAGAAGAAAGAAGAGGAAGCACCAGCCAAAUUAUUAGACGAUUUGUUCAGAAAAACAAAAACCACACCCUGCAUCUAUUGGCUACCACUGUCAGCUGAAACAAUAGCAGUGAAAGAGGAACAAAGGCGGCAGCACAUGGCCGAGCAUGAGAGACGGUUGCAGGAGCUGCGACGCAACCGCAGACACUAACAUGGUCCGUCUAUACAUACACACAAACACACACACAUACACAUACAUACAUAAACACCCACAUACACAGGUAUAUACACACACCCACACAUAUAUACCUGCACACACACCAUAAACUAGGCACACUAACACAUUCUCAUCCAUUACUCACGCCUCAUGCCAUCACUCCUCAUCAUUUUGUAUUAAUGCUUUGUCGUUGAGACUUUUCUUUCCAGGUUCUCAUUACUGUCCAUAAAGACAGUCAAGUCAGUUCAAAUUCCAGAUAAUAAUUGCUUAAUACUUUAUAAUGUAUUCAUUGUAAGACGACCUAGGUUUAAUUAAAAGAAAUCGAAGAAGAUAUGUUUAUAAGGGAUCCCUAGAGCUAUCAAUUUAUAUUGUACGAAAUGUUAUAGAAAAAAGGGAAGUGGGACGGAAACCCAUGAUUUAAUACGUCGUCGGAGUACCGCAGUCGCUCGAUCGUGGCAGACAUUUUGGAACUCCGCAGCGGAAAAUACGCUUGUUUUUUGAUUUGACUCGAGGAAUCUUCGUGUCGAGUUUCACCAAUUUUUGUCCUGCAGCUGAACUAUAUGUAAACAGCUAUGGAACUGAGAUGGAGAGUUGAACGAUAACUGUUUAGAACAUAUUAGACGGUGAUGGAGCAGCCAACGAAUGCGGGGGAAAUUAUCAGAUGUAAAUUAAUAGGAGGUGUAUAUUCGGAAAGACUUAGUGGAUUUGAAGUACAGACCUAUGUUAUGAUAUAGUGCCCUGAAGCGUGUCAGGUUAUAGUCUCGAUGUUAUAUUGAAUAUCAGAUAAUUGUCACCAUGUUAUAAACACCAUUCAUUUGAUGUCGAAUAAACUUUUCCCUAUUA